AUGCUUUGCAUUUUGUUUGUGUUUGUAUAUAAUAGCAUUCAUCCAAAUCUGAGAUCAUCCAUUUACUGUACUGCUGUAGCUCAAGGAGGAGAAGCAGAAUGGGAUUUUAUAUGGGAAAAAUUUAAUUCAACAGACAUUGCACAAGAAGCAGACAAACUGAGGGCUGCUCUGGCCUGCACCAAGGAGCCCUGGUUACUCAACAGGUGAGAUCUGAAUUCCUACAUAGUGCAAGUGCUUUGUGAUGAUACAAUUAAUAUUUUAAUCUGAACUAAAAAGAAACAUGUUCAUCUCCAAAGUGUAUGCCACUAACUGUUACUAAAUAAUACAGGUUUCCAAGUGUUAUUCAUCAUGCCCAGAAUUUAGAAUCUUUCAAUUAAACAUUAUUAAAAUUGUGUACUUACAUUUCUUUAAAAACAAAUAUUCAAUAUACCUGAAUUAAAGAAAAAUUACAAGAUGGCAGAGUAUAACAUAUAAAUUAUGUGUUGAUGUAAAAAUUAAUGUCAGUGUUUCAUUAAUUUUAAAGGGUUACUCCAACCCUAAUAAAAAUUGGAGGGGGGAGUGGGUGGAGGAGGGAAGGAGGAAUUCACCCAUAUCUUGAAUGGAGGGAGACAGUAGAGAGACCCCACAGUGUGGGACAAAGUAUAGAACUAUCUUCCUCUUGCAGGGGCUCUGCACAAAGAUUUUUAUGUCUGUUGUCACUCAUGACACAGAUGCAGAAUUGACAUUAGGGAACCCGGAGUUCUGAACUGCCUAAGUCACAUGUGUUAGGAAUACAACAAGUCCCCAGCACAAAAUUAAAUAUAACUCAGUAUGUGCAAUGUUCCAAAGUUUAAAUACAGAACAGGGCGACAAUUCACAAGAUAUAGAGUGGAUAUAGUUACCAAAAUCUUUGGAAAUGUACAAAACUUUGAAAGGAGAAGAAUAAAAGAUCAUAGUACAAACUUUAAUUGUCAAAUAUAGUUAAAAACAAACAAAUGGAACAAUCACAAAAUCAGUGGCACAAUUGAAUGGAAUCAAUAUGUGCAAAUGCGCUUAGUGCCUCAAAUAGGCUGUAUCCCCAGGGAUACCAGUCAAUAGUGGAAAAUUCAGGAUACCAGAUAGACUUCUCCACAUACAAGUGGUCGACAAAAGUAGGGAAUUCCAACACAGUCAGCCGUUCUCUGGAUGCUGGAGUUCUUGGGAUCACACUGUGCUGGUAACCUUUCCAGGGUAACUUCCUACAUGCUCAACGCUUUUCGUCUAUAAAAACUUCUUCAGGAAAUUCUAAAUUUCCCUUCGGAGUUUGAAGUUUAAAUACGCUGGGCUGCAUCAGUUCCAUGUGUCUGCGCGUGUGCUGCAACGUAAAGAUGGAACGUCAUUACAUCCCUCCGUCGUCUCCUACGCAUGCGCACACCAUGCCGGAACGCAAGAUCAACUUUAUUGUCAGCAGACACAAACAGCAUCUACGGGUUGAUCGUAUAAAACCUAAAUUUCUGCCUAAUACUGUAAUAAGGGAACAUAUUGUCCACAAAUUAAUCUUAUGUAUAAAAACAUCAGUAAGGGGAUGUUAUCAUAAAUAGAAAAAAAUAAGAAAAAAAUUUAAAAAAUGGUUUUAUUCUCAUUUUGUAUUAUUUUUUCUAUAACAGUUAAUAAUUGGAAACUGCAUUUUCAAUCAGUAAAAUCGUAAUACAAAGAAGUGUUCCAAAAAACAAACAAACAUAAAUUGCCCAAUAGGUGUUAUCAGGAAUGGUCUAUAUCUACAACAGACCAAGUUUAUUAAAAUAGACAUUGAAACUACAGCAAUACACUAUAUAUACAAUUCUUUAAAAAAGAAAACCUUGUGCUUAAUAUGAUGAGCAAGGCUGGCACUAUUGUAAAGUGGUACAAGCAGCCAUGUUAGGACGCCCUGGUAGGACGUAGGACUCAGUGCCCAAAUAUAUUGAUGUGCCCCCAGUCCAUCUUGGGUGACAGAAAGAAGGUGAGUGCACCCCCUCUUCCGCUGGUCACUUUUACGUUGAGUGGUCUCGCUUUACGAGGUAGAGGAUCCUCUUUGUCCUCAUAAAAUGGGGAAGAGACACAAGGCGGUAAGAGACAAAAGUGGGCAAAAUGGAAUAAGAAACAUAAAAGGGAAUAAGAUACAGAAAGGGGUAAGGUUGCAAAAGGUGGUAAGAGACACAAAAGGAAAGUAAGAUACAGACAUUGGAGGGUAAGAGACCAAAAAUGUUGUAGAGGGGAGGAGAUGGACUAAAGGGGAUACAAUAUGCAUUGUUUCGCAAAAACCUUCGAAGGUGAGAUUGUUUCUUUGGGUGCAGUGGCUGGUGUGUGAAGCACCAUCUUGUUUCUUCAACUCCUGGUGGUUCACACACCAGCAGUCCACGUUAAUGCUGUACUCUUGUGCUUGCAGGAAAGUACAACACUAAUGUCUGUGGAGGAACCUGCAAAAUGACAACAGUUUCCCUAGCCCUUACUUUGUCUUGUGAUAGCUUUUAAAUACAUUGGGAGUUCAAUUCCAAUACAGUCUUUAUGAGCAUAUCAUAAAAAUAUUCUCUACUGACAAAGCUACUUUAAAGGGUUACUCAAAGCGCCAUGACCACUUCACUUUCAUAGCUUUCACAAUAAACAUAUAGAAUAUCACUGGUCUGCUGCCAGAGGUAUAUGUCCACCUCUGUCACUGGGCCAGAAUGUGAAUUCUAUGCAAAUUUGGCAUCUGUUACCAGCAUGCACAACAGAAGUAUCAUUCUAUGAGGAGAACUUGGUCUUGGUGCUUGAACAAAGGUAAGUAGUUUUGUUUUUUGUUUUAUGGGUGGGAGGUGGGAGGGUGGAGCAGUAUAGGGAAGGCUACUCUGACCAAAAACAAAAAAGUUUUCUUAUAAUAUUGUUUCUUGGUUAGUGUAACCCUUUUUAUGAAAUGAAUAAUGAUAAAAUAAAAUAAGAAAAGCAACAUUUUAAGUCUAGUGGUAAAAUGUCUAGGUUUAAAAUAUUAAAUGAAUAUAUUUUUAUAGAGCAACUGUGAAAAAAAAAAGAUGGGAAUACUUCUUCUCCAGCCUCCAUGACAAGUGGAAGCAAUCUAGAACCAGGAUUUAUUUAAUUUUGACCUCUGCCUUGGAGCAUUAGCAACCUUCUGAGGAUGAGAGAUUAUACUAACAGUAGCUCAAAUCUUAGAAAGGCAAACAUUGUUUUAAUCCUGCAAUUUUUUUCCUACAGACUCCUGGAAUAUUCUAUAGAUACCACUAAAAUUCGCAGACAAGACACUGUGACGACAAUAAGCAACGUUUGCAAUAACGUGAUUGGACAGAGUCUUGCUUGGGACUUUGUGAGAGCAAAAUGGAGUAUCAUCUUCAGCCAGUAAGUAGACAUUAGAGUGGCUAGAUUUGCAUUUUCAAAAAAAGUAUGUGUAAUAUGGUCAAGUUCAAACCUCUCAGGGAAUGGCGUGCAGGUGGUGGUGGUGGUGGUGGGGGGGAGGGGGUAGGGGGAAAGGGGCAGGUAACAGACACAGGUAUGAAGCCACAUCAUUUGAAGCUGUUCAUCCCAUUCACUACUAAGUUCUUCUUUGUUUAAAAAAACACAAAAAAAAACCACACACACACAAAAAAACAAUUUAUAGGGUUGGAAUUUGGAGAAUAGCAAUUUCAUGUAGAGAUUGCUAUUCAUCAAUAAAUCCAAAUGACCAAUUUUAGUCCAUUUCUAUUUUUUUGUUUUUUUAAGAAAUUAAAUGUGAUCUUUUGUAUCACAAUAUUUCAUACAUGGUCUUAUAUAUUAACAUAGAAUAUAAAACUAAUUUCUACCAUUUUACAUAAAUGAGGUGUGACAAAAAGAGGAAGGCAAAAAAAAAUAAUGAAAACUCUGUUUUAGGGAAUGUGUAAGAAUCUUGAUUAUUUGGGGGAAUUUAAUUUGAAAUAAAUGCCAUCAAAAUAUAAAAAUAAUAUUGAUCGUUAAGUACAAUUAGACAAAGGUAUGAGAAAGCACACAUAAGAAGGAACACCUAAGUGCCUCAAGCCCUUAGUAGAAACCACUGACAUAUCCAACAAAACAUAGGACUCCGUAUACUAGGAAAGGUCAAGGUAGGUUUAUUGAACAACAGGGAACAAAGUUUCACCUGAAAAACAGAGCUUUUUUUUCAAGCUUAACGUGUUCUCUAAUGUUCAAACAUGCAAGAACUUUCCUAGUAUAAACAGUCCUGUGUUUUGUUCAGUACAAUUGCAUAUCUCUUCAUGACUGCUAGAAUAAAUUCCUGUAAUUUGGCUUAUUAUUAAUUCGUAAUAAUUAAAGUACCAAGCUAUACCAUAGUGGUGUACGAUCAGCAGACAAAAUAUGCAAUAAGACACUUUGACUCACAUGAGCUAGAAACGUUAAGGAUCCUGUUUAAACAAACUGUGAAGGCUGCUGAAGGAGUAGGUUACCAUUUACAGUUCCUCUGCAGAAAGGGCAGGCUGGUGCUUUGUGCAGAGAAAUAUGUUGAAAUGGAGUGCUAGAGAAAACGAGAAAUAAUUUUCUUCAUUAUUUGUGUACAUGAGUGGCAGGGGUAAGUCUGAGAAUAUUCUGUUUCCAGUUUAUCACGAAUGAAUUUGCUUUAUAUAUCAGUAUAUUUGAUUAUUUUAAAUAACUUGAUGUGAAUGUUAUUAUAAUGUCUGAUAAAUUGUGAAGAUGUCUUCCCUCAUUUUUUUUUUUUUUUUUUAAUUAUCCCUAUUUAGGUUUGGAGGCUCUUCUUUCUCUUUCGGUAACUUGAUUGAACGUGUGACUCGCCGAUUCUCCACUGAGUAUGAACUACAGCAGGUAAGAAAUAUAAAUGCUGUUUUUAAGGACAUGUGGAGCGAGUUACUACAGUAUAUAUAGUUGCAAUGUUAAGAUAAUUGUGUAUAAUGUUUUAUGUGUUCUUACUUCUAACGCUACCCAUCGCCUUUAGAACAAGGGUUUGAUAACAUAGUUAUGUAUGUGGGUCAGCUUAGCACAGAGAGGAGUUUGAUGUCAAUUUGGAAGUUACUAGGAGACUUUUUGAUAAAUAAAUGCAUUUAUAAAUAAAAUAAAUAUAUAAAUAAAGGCCAUGUGUACACCAAUACGGCCCAAAGGAGGUACAACGGGGUCUUUAGGAACAUGAGGGCCAGUUAAUUUAUUAUCAUCAUACUGCUGACUUUUUUACACUCUGUGAUUGCAAUGUUUGCUGAAAUGAUGCCUCACAUAGACUUCAAAGCAUCCAUCAAGUAGAUUAGUAAAAAGCUUAAUAGAGAUUUCCUUAAUGUGCAUUUAAUGCAUAUUGAGAAAUCUUGCAGAGAGCAUCGCGUAGUUUAAAUGCCAAGCACCUUUUGAACAAAGUAGAAAUAUUGCUGAGUUCAUAAGAACACAACACCAAUACAGUGUGGUUAAACAAGGUGAUAUUUUAAAUGCUGUCACAAAAAGGUCUACGGUUCAGAGGCAUAGGGUUAGACUACAUGCUGUGGACUGUAACUCUUAUUAAUCUCAGUCUGGAAAAGCUAUGUGAUAGGAGUUAAAGGACUUGAGGACAGGUACUCGCUAAUCCUAAAUCCACAUUAAGCCUCAACCCACCCUCCCUUAUAAUAGUAAUAAAUCCCCUUAACUCUAAACAUUCCCCAAUCCUAAACUGAUUUUACCCUAAACAACCCUAACAUUAGCUGUAACCCCCUCUAUACAGCAUAGAUAACUACAGAUAACUGCCAUGUAGCUCAUUAUCAUAAAGAGCUCCAUAAUGUAUCAGUUCUAUUUUCAAAGCAGUGACAUUAUAGCAAUGCUAUAAUGCCACUUAACAGUAUAAAGACAAUAUUUAGAGGUCUUUUUUUUUUUUUUAAGUUUAAUAUAUUUUUCUGCCCAACUUGUAUAAAGUUCCAGAAUAUGUGAAAUCACUAAUGAUUUAAGGGGAAUUUUGGUCAUGCAUAACAGUCUUGCUUAAUUGCUAUUGUCCCAGGGUGUCCAAGUUUCAUAUUCAGAUAUUGUAGUCACACAAGUUCCCUGAUGCUAAGGAGAGCCAAAUCAAGGUCCUUGUGUACAGAGAUGGCAUGCUUUACAGUCUUUCUUGUGAAUAUGCCAAUCAAACUCUAUGUUUCUAUGUCUUAGUUGGAGCAGUUCAAAAGUGACAACCAGGAUAUUGGGUUUGGGACAGCCACACGGACACUGGAACAAGCCAUUGAGAAGACGAAGGCAAACAUCAGAUGGGUGGAUGAAAACAAAGAAUCUGUAUUGAAAUGGUUCAAUGAUGCAAUAUAACCAAUUACCAUCUGAAACUCAGCACUCUUCUCAUACUCAUGAAGGGUUAUUUCAAUGAUGUAAAACAGAGGUUAUAACCCUAGUUGGAUUAUUCAAUAAAGUGAGAACUGUCCGAAAUUCAGCAUUUUAACUCAAAUGUAAGAUCAUAGUAGCUGAGUUUGACACAUUGCUUAAUUAAACCAUUUUUUUCAGGUUGACUAUUUUAGUCUAAAUUGCACAAUCCCCUGGUAAAUACCUAGGAAUUGACAGUUUAGUGCAGGGGUAGGCAACCUUCGGCAGUGCAUAUGGAGUAUAUUUUUCAUGAUGCUUUGCCAGCAUUGCAGCUGUAAGAGCAUUAUGGGAGAUGUAGUCCACAGGAUCUGGAGUGCUGAAGGUUGUGUACCCUAUUUUAGUGAGUAAGACUGGUUGUGUGCCUUUAUUUAACAUCAUGGGGCACAGGAUGCAUCUCUUUGUAUUUACUGCAGCACUUAAAUAAGAACCCACAAACUUAAGUAUCCUAUUUUUGUGGCUUUCUAUGUAUUAUUUUUAAAAGUCAUGAAGAAAUUCACUUUUUGCAAGAACAUCUGAUGAAUGUCUCUGGUCCAGGUGGCAAAUACGAGCUUAAUUUAAAGAAUAUGAGACAUUUCCUCAUAUUACUGUUGGUCUUUCAAAUUUAUAAUUGACAUUUAUGGAAAAACAAAUAUUUUGUAAUUUAAUUUAUGUGUUUACACUUAAAAUAAA